AUGGUCGCUAACAAGAAGUCCCUCACCACUGCCAUCCUCGGGGCGCUGGUUGCACUCUCCAUCAUUGCCCUUGUUCUCAGCCUGGUGAAGAUUGAAGAUGUCCCUCUGCCACCCGCAGUCAAGUAUGGGAUGGUGUUCGACGCAGGCUCGUCCCACACCUCUCUGUUUGUCUACGAGUGGGAUUCGGACAAGGAGAACGACACCGGUGUGGUCAGCCAGGCCUUGUCCUGUGAUGUCCAGGGACAAGGCAUAUCAAGCUAUGCCAGUGAUCCCCCAAAAGCCGGCGAUUCCCUGAGAGUGUGCCUGGAGAAAGCCCUGAAGGUCAUUCCCGCUGCAAAACAGAGCGAGGUCCCCACUUAUCUUGGAGCAACGGCAGGGAUGAGGCUACUGAGGGAACAGAACAGCUCAGCCGCAGACCAAGUCCUGGCCGAAGUUGCUAAAACCAUGCGAGAGUACCCCGUGGCUUUCAAAGGGGCUCGAAUCCUCACAGGAGAGGAGGAGGGGGCUUACGGCUGGAUCACCAUCAACUACCUGCUGGAGUCCUUCACUAAGUACUCCCCCAAAGCACACGCGUGGGUUCAUCCAGAGGCAGCCAACAUUUUUGGGGCACUGGAUCUUGGAGGAGCAUCCACUCAGAUCAGCUUUAUGCCUGAAGGUUCACUGAACUGGACUGAAGCCUCGCAGUUCACGCUGUACGGGUACAACUACAGCAUCUACACACACAGCUACCUCUGCUACGGGCAGAACGAGAUGCUGAAGCGACUGGCAAAGGAAUUAAUUGUGGAGUCUUCCUCCAGCACGCGAGUUGAUCACCCGUGCUACCCAAAAAACUACAAUGAAACCGUCUCGCUGUCUUCCUUCCGCACCAGCCCCUGCACUAACGCGAGUGACCCACGCCUGACUGUCAGCAACCGGAACGUCACCCUGCAGGGCAGGGGCAAUGCCAGCGGGUGCUUGGCUGCUGUCAGGAAGCUGUUCAACUUCUCGGCGUGUGGCCAGAGCCAGGACUGCACCUUCGAUGGUGUCUACCAGCCCCCCGUUCAUGGGCAGUUCAUUGCUUUCUCUGCCUUUUACUACAACUUCAAGUUUCUCAACCUGACCGAAGGGCAGUCACUGGAUGCUGUCAAGGAGACCAUCGAGGGCUUCUGCAGAAGAACCUGGGAAGAUCUGUCUUCUAGCUACCCUGAAGAGAAUGCUGAGCGACUGCCUAAAUACUGCGCCAACGCCAACUACAUCCUCACACUCCUCCUCGACGCCUACAAGUUCAACGAGACCAGCUGGAACAACAUCUUCUUCCAGAUGAAGGCGGGGAGCGCCAACGUCGGUUGGACACUGGGGUACAUGCUGAACCUCACCAACAUGAUGCCAGCAGAGGCUCCAGUGUGGAUAAAGGGGCAUGUUCCUUCCCUGUGGGCUGCAGCAGUUGCCUUCAUCAUCCUUACCCUCACCUUGGGGCUUGCUGCCCUGCUCGUGCUCUUGUGGGUGUAG